CGCUGGGCUUUCAAGCUGUGUAACUUGGGAAGGUAACGCUAUGGGAGUCUGAGCUUGUUCCUAGGUUUGGGGUGGGUAAUACAGGGUAAGGCUUUUAUUGCUCUGCCUGGAUAACAGAUGCAAGCUUGAAAUUAGAUCUGGAAUGCGUGGUUGUAGCUCCUAAAUUUCUGCCAAUUAAAAACAAACAUGAAGAAAAGGAUACCAGCUCUUCCUGUCUGCUUGGUCCAUCAGCUUGAGUCCUCGUUAUGGAGGAAAUAGCAUGCAAGUAUUUAGCAAACCUUCUGAGCUAUAAAUAAAGUGUAGGAAGGUCCUAAGUACGUAUUGACUGUCAGCAUUUCUUUCCAGGAGUGCCUUACUUCUGCAAGCUGUGGUGCUUCUCUGAAAGGAUCUAACAACACUGUGGGCAUAGCAGUGUCUUGAAGAAAUAAUGUUAAUUUGGUUCUAUUAUCUGCAUCGUUGGGGAAACUGGGGCACAGAGCACUGAAGUGACCACAUGCAAAGGUCACCUGCAAUGGAGCUGGGAACUGAAAGCAGGAACCCUCACCCCUGGUUGUCCCUUGUUAUUUAUUCAGUGACUAAUCUGAAAGCAGUUUCCUAAUGGCGGCUGUUGAACUUUAGGUCCUAUUUUUCCUUCAGUAGCAAUAAGUGGUGUCUGGUUCUGUGUAUGUAAUAAAAAAUGGGGCAGUUCCCAAAUCCAGAAGUUCAGCAGCAAAAGAAGGGCUCAGGAUGGGAGCAGAUGUCUGCUGGGGCAGGAAUGCUGGGGAUGGUGCUUGAGAUCUGGGAGCAGGAGUGAGGAUGUUUGGGUUUAUUUCAAGUACUCCUUGUUAAUAGGCAGUGUGGAAGCACAAGGCAGCAUAAUAUCUUCACUUCCAUAAUAGUUGGUGUUUUCUUAACCCGACACCAGGUUCUGGUCUAAUACAAAAGCCUGAUCUCUCGUUUUACAAACAAACCUGGAAUGGAAAAAAGUGCUUCUCCCAGUUUCAGAGAAGCAAAACGGGAAUGGGCUGAUGUUUGUGCUGCAAAGGCUGGGGGGGAAUGCAAGAAAACUAACUCCAAACCAAAGUAAACUUAAAAACAAAACAAAGGCCCCACAGCUGGAGCGGAGCAGAUUUGUUGGCUUAUAAAACUGAGUGAUCUUUGGAGCACUGACUCAGGAUGCCUGAAUGUCUGGGCUUGCCAAGAGCUACGAGCUGAAAUGUGGACCGAGUCUGCUGGUGCCAUAUAUGGGAGAUUUCCUCUUGGUGACAAAGGCUUGGGGUCUGAAGGAUGUGAGUUCUGAAAGGCUGAUUGAAGCUUUUAUUACUUAAUAUCUUCUCAGUCUUUUCUAUGUAUUUUCUACAGGUAGGAUCCAACAACCACUUCAUGUUCAACAGUUCUGACUCUCUGCUUUGGUCAGUGUGAAUUCCAGCUGUGCUGUUGGUGUGCUGCCCUGUGUAUGCUGGCAGUUCGCACAGAUGCUUCAAGUGUUUGGCCCAGAGCUUUAAUAUUCUGCUGUAAUACAGAAGGGGAGAUGUGACAGAGGAAGACAGCUUUCUUUUCUUUUUUUUGGUCAUGAAUUUAGCUGCAGGGUAGAGAAAUGAUUUCUUGCAUGCAAGUGGUCUGUGCUGAUAGCACAGGUGAGCUCCCCGUGGGGUCUGCCAGCAUCUCCAUGGGGUGUUACCCUUCAAUUCACUAUCCAAAAAUAGCGGGCAGUACAGUUGCUGGGUUUAUUUAGGUGUUUCAGUUUGAACAAAGCAAGAUUUCAAUCCCAGUGGUUUGGGGUUACAAAUCCUUAAUGUUCCUCAGAGGUUGAGGCUGAAUGAAGAAGAGGCACAGUUCCUUGGUCUCUGCCCUUGUUCAGUUGCCAGCUUGGGAUCCUUUCUGCCCUAGAAGCAGGUCCUGCAGGCGAUUGGAGAGGGGCUGCUUUACAUCAUCCUUCCUGUUGACUGCUGUAAGGAUCUCCUGUUAGUUCUGCUGGCAGACAUGGGUGGUAAGGCUUGCACUUUCCCUCAGUUUUCAAGCUCUUAUACGGGGUUGCAUGUAAGCAAGUUUCAGUUUCAAAUGCUUCAGUGCUAAAUGAAGGCUGUUUGGCACAAGAAUGAUUGUUAAUAUCUAUGGAAAUGCUUUAAGAGAGGAACUUCAAAGUAUCUCUUAAGCUUUCACCUUUACCAGCUUACCACAAAUGAGGGUGGGUAUUUCUCUCAUUGCCUGCAGAUGAGGUGACUAAGCCAUAAGUGAACUGAUUUUUUUUUGGGUUUCAACACUUCCUUUGUUGUCUCAAUAGCAAUACUUGUAUUCAUUUUCUUGCUUCUCAGUGCUGCAGAAUACCCUGUGCCCACCUUUCUUUAAUUACCAGCAAACUCAGAUAUUCUAGUGAGCUAGAGGACAGAGCUUCCACACUGUGCCAGCUGUGAUCACAGAACCAUUCAGGCUGGAAAGGAGCUCUCAAAUUCUCAACUCCCACCUCACCCCACUGUGCCCCCUGACCACAGCCCUCACUGCCACAUCUCCAUGGCUCUGGGACACCCCCAGGGCUGGUGACCACCCCCCUGUGCCCCUGCCUGCUGCUCUUGUGGAGAAGUUUUUCCUAAUAUCCAACCUGAAAACGUGGCAUUUUUCCUAUCUCAGCACCUGGUUCGGAUUUGAAUUCAGGUUAAUUUGGAAUAAGUAUAGCUGAGAAAUGAGUAAGUGAUGUUUGUACUUGUUGUGAGAUGCCUAAAUUACAUACAUUCAUCUUUUUCAGCCUAGGCAAAUAAAAACAGUAUCUUUUUUCUGGCUGCAGCUGAACAGGUGAGAGGUUCCCUGCCAGUCUGCACAGAUCUCUGCUGUGAUUUCACUGCACAAUCAUCCAUCUCACAUGUGUGGGUUCCUUGGUUUUUUAAUCUUUUCUACUACAGGUUUGUGGAGCAGGGGGGAAGGAGUGGGCUGUGUGUGUUGGGAGUUCUGAGGCCAUUUUCUGGUUUCUAAAAAAAGAUGUGAAGUGCUCUGCUUAAAUAAUAAAUCUCAAGCUUCCCCUGGAGGUGGUUGAGGAGGUUUCCAACUGGCACUGCAGCUCAUCAGUGAGCACUCCUGAUCCUGGGUGUCUGAGAUGGAGGUAGCAGGUCUUGAGAGACUGAUGCCAACUACAAUCCCAAUUUCAGACAAACUCGAUGCAUUCCUGAAUGCUGAUACAGUACCACCUCCAAGAGAAGCUCGGCUGUUGGAUGAGUAAAACUGCAAGGCUUGAGAUUGUGCUUAAAGCUUUCCAUUUUGGGAGCAGCUACUCUGAGUACUUUGUUCUCCAAAUCCUCGUACCUGAUGCUCCAAGUGGGACAGAGUUUGGUGCUCCUCACGGUGCUUUAUGGUGAGAUGCAUCUUGCUUGCUGUGCACCCAUCCUGAAGUAAGCUGGAGGAGCUCUGCCUGGGGUGAUGCCUUGUUCUCCCAUCAGCCUCCCCUGUGCUGCUGUGCUUCAUUCCAAAGGUUCACUGUUAGGAGCACGUUGCUCUCUGAGUCAAAAUGGAAGGUGAUGUGCUGCAGUCUUGGCCCAAGAGUUUCAGUGAUGCAGCUUGAUGCCUUUUCAUUUCAAGUGGGGAUUUCAGCAGUAUGAUGAAGAUGCACACUAUGUGCCACCCUCUCCUCCCCUUUCUUCUCCAGCUCUGUGUUGCCCCCACCCAGAGGAGCGUCCCUGACGCUGUGCAAUGAUGAUUUGCUUUUUCCUUGUUGGAAACUGAGGUCAUUCAAACCCAUGCAGUUAUUUUAAGUUUUCAAUUUUCAUUUAGCAAUUCACUGCUAUAUGUUGUCACUGCAGUUUUGGCAGCCUGAGAAAAACAGCUGCAUGAAAUGAAAUCCAAGAAAGACUUGUGAUGCUGUGAAUGAAAAGAGGAAAAAAUAAUAGAGCACGAGCCAGCAUCAAUUUUGUCCUACCAUAAAAAAACAUUGAUUGAAAUAGUAUGCAGCUAUCUUGGGUUUCUGGGCUGUUGACUGCUGCACUUUUGGCAGAGCUUCCCCUUUUGCUUUCACUUCUGCAUGCUGGAUAAAGACUACAGGCACGGGUACACACACAGGGUGCCAGGAAGGUAUGGUAACAAAAUGGAACACUUUGGAAGCGUAGCUUUUCCAGUUUCCUUUCAUCUCUUUCUGACUCGGUCUGUGCUAUCUAUUGCAGCUGACCCCAUCUCAGAUGUGUAUGUUGAGCUGUUGUGAGGGAGUGCACCAGGUGUUGUGUUGGAAGGGAGACAGGCUGUCAGAUCCAUUCCUCUUUCCAAACAAUUUGAGGCAAAGGAAUUUAAGACAAAAUAGUUACUAUGUGGGCAAGCUGCUGUAACUGGUUCUGCCUGGAUGGCUCACCUGAGGAGAUGCAGGCACCGCAGGGAGCCCGUGCCCAAGCCUACUCCAACCCUGGGUACAGCUCCUUCCCAUCACCCACAGCUUCUGAGCAGAGCUGCAAAGCGUGCGGGCUGCACUUCGACAGCUCCUCGAGGAAGCAUAUCUGCCUGGACUGUAAGAAGAACUUCUGCACGUCCUGUUCGAGCCAGCCUGAAGGCGGCCCCCUGCUCUGCCACCUCUGCCAGCGCGUCCGAGCCACGGCUUUCCAGCGAGAAGAGCUGAUCAAGAUGAAGGUGAAGGAUCUGCGGGAUUACCUGGCGCUCCGCGAGAUCUCCACCGAGCUGUGCCGCGAGAAGGAGGACCUGGUGUUCCUGGUCCUUGGCCACCGACCGGCGCUGAGCCAGGAGGAGCAGAUGAGAACAAACCCGUUUCAUACUGGUGCCUCUGGACAGCAAGACUUUGUGAUUCUUCCACCGCCCAGCACAGCCUCCCCUACCUCACACGACACGUCCCCAGUGUCUGCAGAUCCCAUCUCAAGCUCUCUAGCUCAGGAACACCGUGAGGGAAUUGGGUAUGUGCCUCCAAGCCAAGUUGGUAUGACAGGAGUUCAGAAUGCAGCAGAAGCACCAACAGAGGAGGAGACACAGUCUACUGACUCAGAAGAUAACCUGGUGCAGGGGAGGAAGGCUUCUCUUUCUGACCUAACAAGCAUUGGAGACAUCAGUGAGUUGUCUGUGCGACAGCUGAAGGAAAUUCUUGCUCGCAACUUUGUCAACUACAAAGGCUGCUGUGAAAAGUGGGAGCUGUUGGAGAGGGUGACUCGGCUUUAUAAGGAGAAAGACCUUCAGCAUCUAGUUUCUGACACCGAUGAUCAGACUGGUGCUGCUGGGCUUCCUGGUGUGGAGGACAACCUCUGCAAAAUCUGCAUGGACUUACCCAUAGACUGUGUCCUGCUUGAGUGUGGCCACAUGGUCACCUGCACCAAGUGUGGAAAGCGAAUGAGUGAGUGUCCCAUAUGUAGGCAGUAUGUGAUAAGGGCUGUCCAUGUCUUCAAGUCCUAAGCGUGCAUAAAGGAGACUGGUGAUGCCUUAAAGCCUCAUCUGCUGUUAAAGAAAGGGGUGAAGUUGCUACAAAAAGUUAGAGAUUAAGAUGCAGGCCCUGCUGGAAGCGAGGAAAGGAUGAAGCCUGGGGAACUGCCUACUCAAGCCAUGUUUGCCUGUGCUCUUUCCACCCUGUUGUUUUACACCACAGUGCCUGGACUCCCUGGAGCUUGUUGUCAGCAGCAGACAAAUAAUUAGCAACCUCCAUUCUAGAGUAACUGGAUCCACAGGUGGGACAAAUGGAUGCCUAGCUUUCCACCAUAGAUCCUGAAGGUUCCUAUUUUUCACUGAGUACAAAAACACAGUAAACUGUGGUCUCAAAGUGACACAUUUUGCUGCUAUUGAAUGUUGACUCCACUUCUGUUGUGUUGGGCAGCAUUCCCACUGACAGCUUGGUUUUCAAGGAAUAAAAUCCUAUUAUUUUUUUUUUCCCCCCCUAAAUUUAUUAAGCUGCUUUUGCUUGCAGGACAGGCAGAUUGCCUCCAAUUUCCAUCUUCAGAAUAAGCUUAAUUCUAGCCUAGUAGGGUUAUGGAGAAAAUGUAUUGUUUUAUUUGAAGGUGGGCUCUGGAUUACUGAAAAAAAUAAUGGGUAGUGAAAGGACUGUGAAAUACAGCUUUACCCUGCCUGCUGUUCAUUGUGCCAGCAGGACAAGGACGUACAGUCUGCUGCUGUUGGUUUGUUUGACUUUGUGGGUUUCCUUACAGUGCAGCUCAGCAGUCACUUCUUGUGAUUAAGGAGCUAAGAAUUCACAGCUUGGGCAUCUUAGAUUUUGUGAGCUAGAGUGAGGCUUCUACCGCUACACAAUCAUAGUUAAGUACAGGUGAUGGUAGAGAGACUGGAAAGAAACUUUAUCUCCCUUGAAUCAAUAAAAUGAGAAGUGAUCAUCAUUGCAGAAGCUUGUUUACUCCAGCCCUGCUGCAUUCAGACAGCUUAGCACAAGUAUGCAUUUGGUGAUGGCUCUGCCUGUGAGGGUGGCUAGGUCUGUGGUGUGAUGGUGACAAUCACGAGCCCUUGGAGCCAUCCUGGUGAAGAGUUUGUUCUCUUGGAGGCCUUGCUAGAGAGAACAGUGGCCUGUAAGGGCUGUUGGGCUCAAAGUUCCAGAAUUUUGAUGCCUUAAGUUUUUGCCACUGUGGGACUGCAUAUUUUUUUCUGAGUGAUUCUGAACUUGAGUACCUUCUGCUGCAGGUUUUUCCUGCCCAACUUUCCCUUUUGUCAUGUGGAUCAAACUAAAUCUCUGUGUGGGUGUCAAGAGUGGAAUAGGAUGAAACAAGUCUUGACUUAAAGCUUCUGGAGUAGUGGAAAUGCAGUUACAGAAGCAUCAUUCAAGCCAUCUUACUAUCUAUUGAAGCAAUGUUAGAUAACAGCAAAUCAACUUUGCAAUAUUUAACGUGCAAUCUUUAAUGCUGGAUGAGUGGCAACACCCUCAGCUGGUGCAGAGCAGAGGGGCUCUGCUUUACAGGUGGGGAUUAUGGACUUAAGAUGAAGACAUCCAUCAUGCCACAGCUAACAACCUCACACUGCUGAGGUGGCCUCUGAGCUUCCUGACUGAAAACAGGACAGCUGUUGAGGUUUAUUCAACUCAAAAUGUUGAGUUUUCUUCCCCUGUUGAGGUUGUUCUCUAAUAUUUGGCUUGAGGUUUAACAGCUUCCAGCAUGAGAACUGAUGCAAUUCAACACAUCGUGUUCAAAAAGUGCAGAUAAGCAUUAACUAUUUACUCUUCAGGAGAUUCACAGGGAAAUCCUUAAGAGAUACAGAGAACACACAAACAAAGCUUUGAGCAGUCUCAGUGGUAAAUUCACUGUGAGAAUUCAUGUCAUUUUUCAAUAACUCAGGAUGGGGGGCAUGUAGCAAGAUCAUUCCCCCGGGAGCAGAUCUGCUUUUACAGGGUAGAUUUAUUUUCUAUGGUAAAUACAUCAAGCUGCAACUCAAUGGCAGAAAUUCUAUGACUGAGAAAAGGUACCCAUCUGAAGUCUGAGGUGUGCUUUCGGGAGGGAAAAGCACCUUUUUCUGACUAUGCUGUUUUGCUUGUGUUAAAUCAAAAUCUGAAAGAACUGCUUAAUAAUCUGAAGGAAUAUAGUGAUCUGAACUAAUAAAUGGAGAUAUUUAUGUGCUUUAUGUACACUGUACAUAGUUUAAAUAUUUUAAAGUUAAUAUUCUACUUGAAAUGGCAUGUUAUUCUCUAUCAACUCCUCUCGGUACUACGAUAGUUAAACUUACUAGUUUUGGUACAGAAGUUUGGUUUAUAAUUUUAUAAUAAAGUUGAAAUGUGAUUUAGUUAA